AUGCCAUCCUUUCUUCAAGACAUGGGCUUGGGAGUGCAGGAGAAUGCCCUGCAGGACGUGAUGGGCAUCAUGGGCUGCUCCAAGUCAACUGCCAGGACGCUCUUGAUGCACUUCCGGUGGAGCACCGAGACUCUCUUUGGUGUCUUGGCAGAGAGGGAAAAGGACGAGCUCUACAAACUGGCCUCUGUGACAUCGCGCUCUACUGAUGGCCCUUCUUGCUCAGGCAAGCAACGCUCAUGGGAGGAGGUGGCCUGCGGCUGCUGCUUCUGUGAUGUGCCGCGCAAGGAGACAACAGACAUGGGGUGCGGGCACAUCUUCUGCAACGACUGCUGGAGCCAGCACUGCAGGGUGCAGAUCAAGGACGGCAGGAGUCGCAAGCUGCCCUGCAUGGGGGUCAAGUGCGGCGCUGCAUGUGACGAGGAGAAGGUGCGGCAGCUCAUCGGUGAUGACCCGGACCUGCUUGCCAAAUUUGACCGCAGCCUGCUGGAAUCCUAUGUGGAGGACAACGCGCUGGUGCGCUGGUGCCCGAGCGUGCCCCACUGCGGCCGCGCCAUCCGAGUGGAGGGCGAGUUGCACUGCGAGCCAGAGUGCACCUGCGGCCUGCGCUUCUGCUUUGCCUGCGGCGAGGACCCCCACUCCCCCUGCACCUGCGACAUGUGGAAGCAGUGGAAGGAGAAGUGCCACGACGACAGUGAGACAAAGAACUGGCUGACGGCCAACACCAAGCCCUGCCCCAAGUGCGGCAAGCCCGUGGAGAAAAACGGCGGCUGCAACCUCGUCAUGUGCACCUGCCGCCAGGCGUUCUGCUGGCUGUGUGGGGCUGCAACGGGGAUGUCGCACACGUGGACGGAGAUAUCUGGCCACUCGUGCGGCCGCUACAAGGAGGACGUCGAUCGCCGCAUCGGCGAGGCCCAGCGCAACGUCAAGCGCUACAUGCACUACUACACUCGCUGGGAAGCGCACAUGAAGUCGUCCAAGGCAGAGGCGCAGACGCGCAGGAGCAUCCAGGAGAAGAUUGUGGCACUGGAGGAGAACACCUCCCUCCUCAAGGACUACUCCUGGCUCUCCCAGGCUCAGGAGCAGCUGUUCCACGCGCGACGGGUGCUGGGCUACUCGUACGCGUACGCCUACUACAUGUUUGGCAACGUCAUGUUCCGCGAGGAGAUCACUCCCGAGCAGAACACCAUCAACCAGAACCUGUUCGAGGACCAGCAGCAGCAGCUCGAGGUCGAGGUUGAGCGGUUGAGUGGACUGGUGGAGAUGGGCCCGGAGCGCAUAGAGAAGGUGGAGGAGCAGCUGCGGCUGCAGGUCAUAAAUUCCACCAUCAACAUCGAUAAGCGCCUCGUCAACCUCUACCAGCUCAUCGAGAACGACCUCCUUGGCAGCCUCCAAUUCUCCACCGGCUACAUCGCCCCCUAUGGGGUCAGCUUUUCCCCCUUGAGCCACCCCUUGCAUACCUGCCCCCUGCAUGCAGCCCUUGCACAGCCUCUACAGCUUGUUGACAGAAAUUAA